GCCCUAUAUAAGCAUCUAUCCUCAAGCCCUGAUCAAUCGAGGCAUUUCCUUCCUCAUCAGCAUCAGCAUCAGGACGAGCUUCACUUGACCCUCUUCAAUACCAAAGAACUACUACCUCAAUCAAAUCACACCAGCUACAUCCAAACCAACACACCCACAUACCUCAAGCAUACUCAUACAUCCCAACAUACAUCAGCCAUCUCCACCACAUCAAUAAAGAUGUACACCCCAGCCCCACUCCUGCUCCUCCCCCUCCUCGCAACCGCCCUCCUAGCCACCGCCUCCCCGACAGGCACCCAACCCCCCGCGGCCCCCAUCUGCGGCACCUGCAACCCGCUCUCCGGCCAGAACAACUGCGACGUGACCACCUCGUGCAUCAACACCGGCACGCGCUUCCACUGCGCCUGCCGCGCCGGCUACAAGGCCUCACCCGCCAACGCCGACGUCACCAAGCAGUUCCGGCUGCCCUUCCCCAACUUCCAGUUCCUGGUGUUUGUCCCCGAGUUCACCCAGUGCAAUACCCUGUGCGACAACCCGUACGGCGCCAGUCCGCAGCUUUGUGCGGAGGUGCCGGUGCAGAGUUCUUGUCCGGUUUAGGGGGGUCGCUGAGGGGGAGAGAUCUUUG